AUGCCGCCCUUCAAUCCCCCAUCGGAGGACUUUCCCAGCAUCCUCAAAGGCAAGAGGAUUCUCCUGACCACCGAGUCACUGGGGCCCGUCAAUGGCGUCAGUCGCACCACGGGCAAACUGAUCGAAUAUCUCCGCCGCAAUGGCGUCGACCUGGUCGUGGUUGCGCCGGACUUUGCUGGUGCAUCCUCAUCAUCAUCAUCAUCAUCACCACCACCAAGUGAACAACAAACCCUCCGUCUGCCAGGCUAUCCCCUGCCCUACAACCCCGACCUCUCCCUGGUCUACCCCUUCCACCUGGUCAACGACAUCUUCAUGCCCACCUUCCAACCGGACCUGAUCUACAUCGCCAGCCCCGCCUCAUUAGGCUUCCAAGUCCUCCUCCAGCUCCGCCAACUGCACCACCCCCCACCCACCCUCUUGAACUUCCAAACCGACCUCUCCUCCUACAGCGAGAUCAUCUUCCCACCCUUCCUGGCCAACUUCGCCGUCUGGCUCCUCGCCACCGUCCAAGGCUACCUCUUCACCCACCCGGCCAUCCACACCAUCUUCUACCCCUGCAGCGCCGUCCUCACCUACCUCCAAACCACCCACACGCCCCUCUCCCGCACCUACCGACUCGGCCGCGGCGUCGACACCACCCUCUUCCACCCCUCCCACCGCGCCCCAUCCCUCCGCCAAUCCCUCGCCCCCAACGGCGAAACCAUCCUCCUCACCGUCUGCCGUCUCGCCCCAGAGAAGGGCUUCGAAUUCCUCGCCGCCACCAUCACUGCCCUUCUCACCACCACCACCACCACCACCACCACCAACAGCAAACCACCCCCCUUCAAACUAAUCAUCGUCGGCGGCAACCCCAACCCAACCGUCACAUCCCGCAUCCAAACCCUCUUCUCCACCCCAAUCCUCAAAGACCACGUCAUAUUCCUCGGCUUCUUAACAGGGAUCGAUCUCGCCCGCGCAUACGCCUCCGCGGACGUAUUCCUGCAUUGCUCGAUCACCGAGACGUUCGGGUUAGUCGUGCUGGAGGCCAUGGCGAGUGGAUUACCCGUCAUCGCGCGCGAUCAGGGCGGUCCGUCGGAUAUCGUCCGGAAUCAGGAAACGGGGUAUUUGGUGCCGCCGGGAGAGGUGGAGGUGUUUGCGGGGUUGGUGGGGGAAGUGGUGAGGGAUGAGCGGUUGAGGGCCAAGUUGGGGGUUGGGGCGCGCCAGUAUGCGGAGGAGAUGACCUGGGAGAAGAUUCAUCGGCGGGUGGCGGGGCGGAUGGCGGAGGCGGUGGAGAGGAGCGUGGUGGAGAGGGAGGGGGAGGUGGGGAGUGAGACGGCGUUGUUGGAGGGGCGUGGUGUGUCAAUCGGGGAGAGGAUUCGACUGGGGCUUGCGGUGGGGGUCGUGUAUGCCAUGUGGGUGGUGGCGGUGGUGCCGUUGAUUGUGCAUGGGCAGCGCAUGGUGCCGAGGUUGUUGCGGAGGAUUCCCCUCCUCGGACGGUUGAUUCCUGCUUAGUCCUUCUCCCUAGAUCUGCUUCCUGUUUUUAGUAUUGUUUGUUUUCGGGCGUGGCAUAGACGAGAUUAGAUGAGGUAUAGAUUAGCGUAUAUGCAUCUGCAACAGCGCCGCUGUCUGUCUAUCUCCACACGCGCGCGCAUCUAUAUGCAAGACAAGAUAUUUAUCUAAAAAAACCACCAUUAGACUCAUCAGCCACGAUAGUAUCAACCAACACCAUCAGCAAACAAAACAUACUAUAUCACCCCCCCUCAACUAAACUUCCGCUGAAUCUCCUCCUCACUAAACCGGCGAGUCUUCCGCCGCAACAUCUCCGCCAACUCAUCCUCCGUCAU